UUCAAACUUUCAAUUUUGCAAAAUUCUGCAUGGCACUUUACAAAGAAGACAGUCAGGAGGACUCACUGGAAUGCCCAGUGUGCUAUGAGAGUCUCUCGGGUACUGAGCGGACGUUGAGCUGCGGACAUGUAUUCUGCCACGACUGCCUGGUCAAAACGCUGGUGAGCAUCAACAGCGAUGGAAACAUCAGAGACACGAUUGUUUGCCCCGUCUGCCGACAUCUUACAUUCAUCAAGAGACAAAAGGAAGCGCUGGUGUCGCUCGCAGCAGACAAGGAUCCAGAUGAAGGGCAAACCCUCGAGGUGCCUCUUCCUCUGCCACUGGGACCGCUCCAGAGCGCACGGCGCGCCUCCACGGAGAGCGCACUGAGUGGAGUUAAUUGGGUUGCUCACUGCUGCAGGGGCAUCUCUCAGCGAGUCCGCCGACAGAGGUUAAUCAGCCCCAGCCAUAAUGCAUCUCAGAUCUUCAUCAUAAGCGCUCAAGGGCGACCUAUGGCUGAAGAAGAUGCGCUCAGUGUUGUGAUGACUGUGGUUCAGCCCCAGCGCAGGCGAAGACGCAGGAUUUGUACGACAGCGCGGUGCUUGCUCGUCCUACUCUCGGCAUUUACUGUACUGGCACUAGUGGCGGCAACUUUACCGUGGAUUUUGUUGGCAUAGCACCUUGAUAAAAGAAAAAGUUUGACUUUAAGUGCCAAUAAGGGGAUGAUCAACUGACAUUUAAAGGCAGAAAGAUUUUUUUUUAGUCUGGCUGAAAAAUAUCAAGGAGUGUGCAAUCAUUCCACUGAAAAUGUACAAUUCAGUAAAUAUAUGAAGAUGCAAGCUCAUUUAGUUUUUAAGAUGUGAUCAGGUACUGUCAUUUCUUUCCCUGAUUUUGUGGAAAAGUGAAGGAGUUUAUAAGCAUGCCCAUGUCUUUUUAUAAGUAUUACCCAGCAACAGUGUAAAGCAAAGGUUAGGAAAGCCUUGACAGCACUCUUUUGUUUAGCAUUCCUGUCUUAGACAUGUUCAACCUGUUUUAUGAGAAGCACAUAUGUGGAAACAAAUGUACCAAAAGUUGGUGAAUACAAUGAAGGUGGGCAUUAUAAAAGUCAGAAUUUAACAAUUAAAACUGUUAGUCAGGACAAAUUCAAUAAAAACUAUUUAACCCAA